AUGGCUAAUGAAAUCUUAGGUGAAAGGGAGGCAAUGUGUUUAAAGAUACGUAUGAGUAUCUCUAUAGAGUAUAACGAAACUUUUGUCUUCGAUAUUUUUUCAGAACUCUUUAUAGGGGAAGGGGCUCAAGAAUUAGAGCAUUGUGAGACUGUUCUUUGUGCAAGACCGCAAAUGGCUAGUGAGAUCCUAAGUGACAGGAGGGCAGUGUGGAAAUCUGCUUCUUAA